AUGAAGCGAGGAAUUUCCGAGUUAGACGAGAAAACAGUACAUUCGUUAUCAACUAAUCAAGUGGUCGUUUCCUUGUCCGUAGCGGUCAAGGAGCUCGUAGAAAAUGCACUGGAUGCAGGGGCAGACAAAAUUACCGUCACGCUCGUUGACAACGGCGUUGAACUGAUCGAGGUGAAGGAUAAUGGCUCCGGAAUAGCAGCAGAGAACUACGACAAAAUCGCCAUGAGACAUGCUACUUCUAAGUUAAAAGAGUUCGACGAUCUCGAAGCGAUCGGCACUUUUGGAUUUCGCGGGGAAGCUCUUGCGGCUUUGGGGGCGAUCUCUACCCUCAAGGUCUUUACGAAGACGGCGGCGGAUCAGAUCGGGGCGGCGUUGGAAUUUGACCAGUACGGCUCGAUAAUAUCGCAGGAAAUAAAAGCCCAGUCGAGCAAUGGAACGACAAUACGAGUUGAGAACCUGUUUCAUCGAAUUCCAGUUCGCAGAAGCGUUUUCAAACAAAAUGCCAAGCGCGAGGCACAGCGAGCUCUGGCAACGAUGAUGAGUUAUGCCCUGAUCGCAAACGCCAGAAUCGUCGUUACAACGAAAAACGGGCGGUCGAUGAAGACGGAAAUUCAAACUCGAGCUGGGGAAGGAAUGAAAGGCAAAAUAUCGACUGUCCUUGGCGGUGAAAUUGCGAAAGGACUCGUUGAAAUUGAAGAUGAUUUCAAUGCCGGUCGAGACGAAAUCGAAUCGUUUUGGAAUCUUCAUUCACCAACCGAGGAAGUGAUUGAAGGCCACCUUGAAAAAGCGCGAAUCUUUAAAUUUACUGGUUUCAUUUCGAAAACCGACUCUGGCGGGAGAACCUCUCCUGAUCGUCAAUUUUUCUUUGUAAAUGGACGACCUAUUGAUGCUCCCUUUCUCUCGCGAAUCAUGAAUCAAGAAUGGCGAAAAACAACGUCUAGAAAGUACCCAGUCGUCGUCCUCAAUAUUGAAGUGGACCAAAGCGCGGUGGAUAUCAAUUUGGCCCCCGACAAAAGAACCGUGCUCUUGCAGAAUCAGAAGCACUGUCAAUUUCGCUUUCGAAUGCUGUUACAAAACAUCUGGGGUUCUACGGAACGCGAUGUCGUUUCAAUGACGCAAUUAUCCAUGGAUCAAUUCAGUACGAGCUUCAGUACUCAGUCGACCAGGGAAACUAGUAGCCUCGCUGAAAACUCCGUUGAUUUCACUCAAAGUGACGCAACUCUUUCGCAAGAUCCUGAAAGCGAUUGUACUCAAAGACCUUCCAAAAUGGCAAAACUAGACUUUACCGCACCGAUUCCGCCUUUUACUGGAAAAGAAAGAAAUUCCGAAGAUGUAUCCAUGUCUCCAGAACAUAAGCAGCGAAACAUCAUCGAGUUUUACACGCCACUGCCGACUGCCAAUAAUGAGCCGAAAGAAGAAGAAUCAACAAUCAUCGAAUUCGUUAGGCCAAAGACCCCGGAGCCACUAACCUCCACUAGAACUGAAACCGACUCCUUCAUUAUAGACGAUGUGGUCGAGCCGAAGAAAAAGCCCUUGCCGCCAGAAGCGAUACUCGCUAGACAAUUUAUUGACUUCGAGGCUUCUGAAGGAAAUCCUGAAAAAGACCCGAGUAGCGAAGAGUUAGAUAACUCAGUUGAUCUAUUCGAGGAGAAGCCACAGACAGAAGACAAUGUAGAGGCCCUCGCUGACUCGUUAAAACGAAUUGGAGAAAGUCUUAACAGUUCAGAUAAAAGCGAAAGUGAAGGGAAACGAGUAGAGUCCAUCGAUCUCAUCCCUACGAACAAACUCCCUCAGGCAGUGAAAGAAGGAAUCGAGGAGAUCAAGAAAAUGAAGAUUAUAUACGACGACGAUUCCGAACCGCGGAGGGAGCACAAGCAAAGAGGGCCACGGAUAAAAAUCUCCCUGGAGUCGAUAAAAGCGGCUAAAGAAAAAGAAGAGCGUAGGAAAAUGGAAAUUUUUCAAGGGCGAAGCUUUUACGCGAAAUUGAGCGACCAGAGGAAUGCCGAAGAGGAACUGACGAAGAAAUUCUCGAAAGAGGAUUUCACGAAAAUGGAAGUCGUCGGCCAGUUUAACAGAGGAUUCAUUAUUGGCCAGCUGAGAGAGGACCUAUUCCUAAUUGAUCAGCACGCCUGCGACGAGAAGUUUAAUUUCGAGCGAUUAAUGAGCAAGAAAAUCGAGUCCCAGCCGCUAGUUAUUGGAAAACGCAUGACACUCAAUCCAGGCGAGGAUCAAAUUCUCCAAGAGAAAGUUGCCCUCUUCAAAAAAUAUGGAUUCAACUUCGACUUCUCCGACCCCGAUUGUGUUCGAAUGACGGCGGUGCCUCGCGUAGGACGAUCGACACUGGGAGAAGAGGACGUGCACGAGAUGCUGUUCCUCAUUAACGAAGGCGACUUUAAUCCGAAGCCGUCGAAAAUUAGACGUAUAAAUGCCAUGGCAGCUUGUCGCUCGUCAGUGAUGAUCGGCGAGGCCCUCAAAAGAUACCAAAUGCAGCGAAUGCUCAAAAACAUGUCUACCAUGGACCAGCCUUGGAACUGUCCUCAUGGUAGACCGACAAUGCGCCACCUCGUGAACACUGCCCGACUCCACUUCAAAAAGAAAUGA